CGAAAACCCUUCUCUGAUUUUUUUCGCUGCCGCUAUCUGGCUCUUCUUCUCAGUCCGACCCGACUGCCUCCACUGGAUCCGGGAUCCGAUUCGUACACCCGUACAUGCAACCUUCGUCGUCUGAGUACCAGUACUCGGACUACCGCCGCGGAAACCCUAACUCUGCAGCUGCUUCGAUCUCUUCGCCAUGGGCGACUACAGCGAUGCCUUCAUGCGCAACAACGCCGCCGUUCAGGCCAAGACCAAGGCCCAGAACCGCGCUAAUGUCCUCCAGCUCAAACUGAUUGGGCAGAGCCACCCCACUGGUUUAACAACCAAUCUUUUGAAGCUCUUCGAGCCUCGUCCGCCGUUGGAUUUUAAGCCUCCUCCUGAGAAAAGAAAGUGCCCGCCGCUGACAGGGAUAGCACAGUAUGUGAGUAAUUUUGCUGAGCCGGGGGAUCCCCAGUAUACUGCACCUGUCGAAAAGGGAGAAACUCCUGCACAAAGAAGGGCUCGAAUACACCAGUUAAGACUUGAGAAGGGUGCAGCAAAGGCCGCGGAGGAGCUAGAGAAAUAUGAUCCAAAUAGUGAUUCAAAUAUUUCUGGAGAUCCAUACAAGACUUUGUUUGUUGCUAGACUCAAUUACGAGACAACUGAGAGCAGACUUAAAAGGGAGUUUGACGCUUAUGGUCCAAUCAAAAGGGUUCGAUUGGUCACCGACAAAGAGUCAAAUAAACCUAGAGGCUAUGCAUUCAUAGAAUACAUGCAUACCCGGGACAUGAAAGCUGCAUACAAGCAAGCUGAUGGGAAGAAAAUUGAAGGUAGAAGGGUGCUUGUAGAUGUGGAACGUGGUAGAACAGUACCAAACUGGCGACCUCGGCGACUGGGUGGUGGUCUUGGAACCACCAGAGUCGGUGGUGAAGAAGUUAAUCAGAGACAUUCAGGGAGGGAGCAAGCACAAUCAGGAGGACCAUCCCGGUCUGAGGAGCCAAGGGUACGCGAGGAGCGACAUGUAGACCUGGACAGAGAAAAAUCUCGUGAAAGGGGGAAAGAGAAGGAGAGAGAACGGGAGAAGUCCCGUGAGCGCUCCCGAGAACGCUCCCAUGACAAGCCUAGAGAACGUGAUCAUAGGGAGGAUAGGCAUCACAGGGACCGUGAUAGAACCAGGGAUAGAGACAGGGAAAGGGAAAGGGAUAGUCGUCGUGAUCGUGAUCGUGGAAGGGACCGAGGAAGGGAUCGUGGUCGCGAUAGAGACCGUGACCGGGAGCGAGAUCGCCCUCGAGAGCGGGAGAGGGAUUAUGAAGUUGGGUUACCGGAUCAUGAUCGUGGCCGUUCACGUGAUAAAGAGUCUGAUUUUGACCGUGUUGAAUCAAAACAUGGGAGGGACAGGCAUGGAGAAAGGGAGCGGGAUUAUGAUCCUGCUGCCCCAGAAGAUGACCAGGCUUGGUUUGACCAACCUGAACAUGGCCAUAGGCACUCAGACCCUGACCAUGAUCCUGAGCACUAUGAGCGUCGUCGAAGCCAGUAUGAUGAUCAUAUGGAUGCCGAGCAUGAGCAUGACCGCUACAAACAGUAUCCUGAUCGCUAUGAUGAUCGAAUGGAGGAUGAUGACUACCAUUAUGAACAAGCACCAGUUGAAUCACGUGAGAGAGAGAGAAGUGGAGAUGUGGAGCGUGAUUAUCAGCGUUCUGCGAGAUCAAUUUCUCGGGAGUAUGAAUAUUGAUUUGGGUCUGCUUCCCUGGUAUUCACCUGCUUGGUUGAACAAUUUGCAGCCGCUGCUUUCUGCAUGGUCUUUUGGUUUUUGUUAUUUGCACUUUAUGUUGUUUCGAAUGGGCUUCAUGUGGAUAUUGUUGUGUUUGGGUUAUUUGUUUGUGUUUGGAUGAUUUCUAUGUAGAAAGAUCGUGAGUUAAUGGUAAUAAACCUUUUAAAUA